UACAUCUCUAGAUAUUCUAGAUCUAUUGAAAUCUAUUGAUUAUCUCCUGUCUUUAGAUUAGAUUACUCUAGAGUCUAGAUAGUAGAUCUAAAUUAUUCUAAAUCUAGAUUAACCUAACUCUAGAUCUAGAUAUAAAGAUCUAGUCAAUAGAUUUACAAUCACUUGAAUCAGUAACAAUCUUCUAGACUUUUACACUAAUUACACUCAUUUACAGCAACAAGAACAAGUUACAAGUUGAACAUCUUCAUUCAGUCUUCAUCCAGUCAGCCAGUGUUCACUGACUUGAUUGACUCAUGACAACACAACACUACAUUUACUUUACAUCACUAAAGUUAUUGAGUUAACAGUACUACAGUCUACAGUGAACACUUCAACAGUGACUUAGUAAUAUAAUUAGAGUAAAAGAUGUUUGUCGGCCACCCGGGUUUUGUCUUGCUUAUCGGACACCUCACUAUAAAUUUUGUUCUCUACUGAAAAUUAACAAAAAAUGAUGGAAGAGGCUAACGAUGAACAGCCAGAAAUGGUUUCUCUUGAAGAAGCCGUACAAGCUGAGAAGGAAGCAAUACAAGUUAUAGCUUCCUCCAUCCCACCAGCAACUUCGCCACAAGUGUCCAAGUCUUUGGCUGCACCGGCUCCUUUACCAGCUUUCCUUAGUCUAGGCAGUGGCGACUCUAGUACAACUGCCACAUCAACAACUGUAGCCAGUAGUAAACCCAGUUUACCACAGCCUAGCCUGCCCAGUACACCACAUUCUACAGCACCAAGUAUUCCCCAGUCAUCAUCAGCAGUGGGCCAGUUACCUAAAGCUCCAGAAUCCCCUCAAAUCUCACAUGAUCAGAAACUAAAGAGUUCAUCUGGUCCUGAUGCCCAGAGCUUACUAGUUAGUACAACUGCCUCUGUAGGCCAAAGUCUGUUUGGGUGGAUCUCAAACAACAGUCUUGUCAACAGGGUUGUAGAAAAAACUAAGAGCUCUAUGGAAUCUGUCAUUACAACAUUAGAUCCUGGAAUGAAAGAACUUAUUUAUUCAGGUGGUGAUAUAUCUAUAAUUGUGGCAUCCUCUAAAGACAAUAAAGUUAUUCCAGUAAGAGAAGCUUUUCAAAAAGUCUUCGGCAAAGCCACUGUUACUGGGAAGGAAAGUCAGACAAAUACAGCUGCACAGCCUGUUGGCUUCACUGCUGGCUCUAAAGGAGCCGAAGAAAGAAUUUCCUACUUACUACGAAGUGGAGCAGUACUAGAUGGGCAGACCAUUAUUGCUGUUGAAGGGUUUAUUGUGGAAUUAUUACCUGAUAGAUGGUUUGAGUUGAGUUGUUUGGUCCUGAAAGACACCUCCCAUGGGAUUGAUUUACAAACCUUCUCUCAGCCAACGCCCAUCCCUACAGAGUAUGUACUGACAGCGCAAGAUAAAACAUCUACAGAUUACCCAUUGAGGUGGGCUGGGCUGUCUGUAACCAUUGGGGAAGUCAUAGAGACUGCACAACCUCACAUUGGACAUGCAGACUGGCAGAUGGUUUUAUCUGGUGUAUCCCGCUCACAAUCUUUGUUCCUAGCAGCUCAGAGUUUGGCUUACAUGUACAAGCAACAGUUACCUACAUCGUUUGUCUCAUGAUUACAAUACCGGAAAAAUAUUCUCCUGACAUUUUGAUUUGGUUUGUAACAUUUUCAUGCCACUAUUUAGUAGACUGGGAUUUUUGUUUGACAUGCAUCCAUUUUAUUGUUUAGAAAGGCUGAAGUUCUGAUUAGUUUUCUUGAGAUCUUCAGUUCUUGCAACAUAGUCUUAGAAGUAGUGCUGAAAUACUAAUAGCAACUAUUGAUUUUUUUUAAUUUGAAAAUUUAAUUUAGGUUCUCAAUCCUGUUAAAAUUCUUUAAUUGCCAUUGGCCUUUAAUAUACUAGGUGCUACUUUUCUAGACAUGUCAAAACAUAUUUACAAUUUAAGACAACUCAUUAUUGCAAAAUAUUGUGAAGACUAAUUUUGUUUGUUUGUAGAUUUGUUGUUUUAUACAGCAUUCUUGUUGAGUUUGUGUCUACAGGUGUUUCACUUUUAAGCUGGUUGAUUUUUAAAGUGAUGAUUAUCAAAUGUAAACAUGCAACUUUAUUUGAACAUAUUUAUUAUACAUAACAUAGGUGUCUUCUUUUACUGUAUGGGACAAUUUAUUAUUUUUAAUUAAUUUUUUUUUUGUACAUUAUUUGACUGGUAUAUGUUGCUUUGUUUACAAUAUUUAUAGGGAAACAAAACUUUUGAUACUAGUGAUGGAUAUUUUUAUUCUCAUUUUUUUUUUUCUGUUUCUUCCACUUCAUAAUUACUCUGUAAGAUAAUUUGGUUUUCUUUAAAUAAAAUUUGAGCCUGUUGUUUUUUAUUUGUGUGAAGUUCACAAUGGAUUUCCAAAACUUAAAAGAAUAGUCACAGCUCAUACAAGUAGUUUGUUGGUUCUAAUUUAUGGCUGUUUAUUUUAAAUUAUAAUAAUAUCAAAUCUACAUUCUAAAUAUCUUUUUGUUUUAAAACAGCAGAAUUUGUGCUUGUAUCCAAUAUUGGGGGCCAAGGAUCAGGGGCGCACUGGGUGUCAAAAUCUGUUUGGGCAUUUCUAUACAAUCUGGCCCAUAAAUUGUAUAUCAUAUAAUGGGCAUCUAAUUAUAGGUAUACCUGUCCUCGAAAUCAUUAUAAGUUUGUUACUGUAUAACUGUACACAUGUAUGGAGUGAACUCUAUACUUUUACAAAAAAUAUAAGCCGCCUUAUUUGUGUAGGACCUAAAAGGAUGUAGCCUAUUUUUAUAAAACCAUUAACAAAGGUGUCAUAGUGGCAUCCAUACGUUCCUUUGAAUGGCCUGAAUGCUCAUAUAGCCAGUCUGCCCCUGCCAAGGAUGUCUACAAGUUGUCUUGAUAAUCUUCCAUAUUUCAACCUAACAAUCUACAAUGGAAAUUAAAUUGUCUAAGGGUGCGGAUUGUUUUUGUUCAGGAUAACUCUUCAAUUGCUAUAGAUCUAUGUACUUCUAAGAGAAAAAGUAAGGAAAGAAUGGAAACUUGAGAAAUAUACUGAGACCAUUUGAAACUUAUAGACAUACAAUGUAGUAAUUAGUGGCAAAUAAAGCUUUUUAAAAAAUAACAUUACUUUGCUGUUGGUGGCAGUAGUUUUGUAGUUCAAAUAUUUUGUUGUAUCAUAUUAAAAGUUGAUAAUUUUGUUUUAUUAUUGCAUAAUGUGUUUCAUGCUUUUCUAUUUAGACCUAAAUUGAUCCAGCCAUCAGUAUUGCAACUAACAGUGUAAAAUUGUUAUGUACUGGUUCUAUAGUAAAAAUAUGAUUAGGCCUGUGAUAAAAAUUAAUGGGUUUUGGGAUUUGUAAAAUAGAAUUGAAAAAAAAUUUAAACACAUUUUCUGUUUUGUGUGUAAAGAAUUUUUUUUCAUGAAUAAAAUUGUGAAACAAAUGA